CUCACACAAGCCUUUUCCCCUCUCUCUCUCUCUCUUCCUCUCUCUCUUUCUUUCUUUGAAGCUCUUCUGUUAGUUUCCAUUGAAAUGGGGGAAGCUCUGACUAAAGAACAAAUGGAUCAACUUAAAGAAGCUUUUUUUUUAUUUGACAAAAACAAAGAUGGUCGUAUCACCAUUGAUGAACUAAGAGCAGAGAUCAGAAAUUUGGGUCACAAUCCAACUGAGGAAGAACUCAAGGAAAUGAUACGAGAAGUUGAUGCUGAUGGAAACGGAACAAUUGAGUUUGGAGAAUUCCAAAACUUGAUGUCCAAAAUCAUGAAGGAAGAAACAGAGAAAAAACUCAAAGAAGCCUUCAAAGUGUUUGAUAAAAACCAAGAUGGAUAUAUAUCAGCAAAUGAGCUGAGCCAUGUCUACUGGAUGCUUAAUUCGGGGGAGGAGAAGUUAACAGAUGAGGAAGUUUUUCAUAUGAUCAGCGAAGCUGAUUUGAAUGGUGAUGGCCACGUUGACUAUCAUGAGUUUGUCAAGAUAAUGACUCAAGAUGUGUCCCAAAUCCUACCAGAAAGUGGCUUUUUUUAAUGAUCAUAUGAUAUACAACCAAAACGAUAAAUCUAGAUUGUGUGAAUGACCAAGAAAGAUAGCUCUUCUUUGAUUUGUUCAUAUCCCUAUUAUUUUAUUGUAUUUGUGAGUAUUUGACUUCACAUCAAGUUGGAAGUCUAGAAGAAAUUAUGGUUUAAGAUAGAUAGAAAUGAAAUUGUAUGCAAUAUUUCAAUAUGAUUUGGAAGCAAAAGCAAGCAAGCUAGCAUGUUAUGGUAGCUAAAAGAUUAUGACAAUUUCGAAGCAUUUUUAGAAAUUUCUCUUGUGAUUA